GGGUGACUGCCGCCGUUCGGUUCCCCGCCCCCCCUCCUUCUCCGCCUCGCGCCGGCCCGCGCCCCAGGUCCCCCACCGCGCGGCCGCCCGUCGCUUCGCCCAGGGCUGAAUGGUUGCAUCGGGCAGGGUGGCUCCAGGAUGUUAGGGACUGUGAAGAUGGAAGGGCAUGAAAGCAGCGACUGGAACAGCUACUAUGCGGACACACAGGAGGCCUACUCCUCGGUCCCCGUCAGCAACAUGAACUCGGGCCUGGGCUCCAUGAACUCCAUGAACACCUACAUGACCAUGAACACCAUGACCACCAGCGGCAACAUGACCCCGGCCUCGUUCAACAUGUCUUACGCCAACCCGGGCCUGGGCGCCGGCCUGAGCCCCGGCGCGGUGGCGGGCAUGCCGGGCGGCUCGGCGGGCGCCAUGAACAGCAUGACGGCGGCGGGCGUGACGGCCAUGGGGACGACGCUGAGCCCGGGCGGCAUGGGCGCCAUGGGCGCGCAGCCCGCCGCCUCCAUGAACGGCCUGAGCCCGUACGCGGCCGCCAUGAACCCGUGCAUGAGCCCCAUGGCGUACGCGCCGUCCAACCUGGGCCGCAGCCGGGCGGCGGGCGGCGGCGACGCCAAGACUUUCAAGCGCAGCUACCCGCACGCCAAGCCGCCCUACUCGUACAUCUCGCUCAUCACCAUGGCCAUCCAGCAGGCGCCCAGCAAGAUGCUGACGCUGAGCGAGAUCUACCAGUGGAUCAUGGACCUCUUCCCCUACUACCGGCAGAACCAGCAGCGCUGGCAGAACUCCAUCCGCCACUCGCUCUCCUUCAACGACUGCUUCGUCAAGGUGGCGCGCUCCCCGGACAAGCCGGGCAAGGGCUCCUACUGGACGCUGCACCCGGACUCGGGCAACAUGUUCGAGAACGGCUGCUACCUGCGUCGCCAGAAGCGCUUCAAGUGCGAGAAGCAGCCGGGGGCCGGGGGAGGGAGCGGGGCCGCGGGCGGCGGCGCCAAGGGUGGCCCCGAGAGCCGCAAGGACCCCUCGAGCGCCAACCCCAGUGCCGACUCGCCCCUGCACCGGAGCGUGCACGGGAAGGCGGGCCAGCUAGAGGGCGCGCCGGCCCCCGGGCCCGCCGCCAGCCCCCAGACUCUGGACCACAGCGGGGCCACGGCGACAGGGGGCGCCUCGGAGUUGAAGACGCCCGCCUCCUCGGCAGCACCCCCGAUCAGUUCCGGCCCGGGGGCGCUGGUGUCCGUGCCCCCCUCGCACCCGGCGCACGGCUUGGCGCCCCACGAGUCCCAGCUGCACCUGAAAGGGGAUCCCCACUAUUCCUUUAACCACCCGUUCUCCAUCAACAACCUCAUGUCCUCCUCGGAGCAGCAGCACAAGCUGGACUUCAAGGCCUACGAGCAGGCGCUCCAGUACUCGCCCUACGGCGCCGCGUUGCCCGCCAGCCUGCCGCUCGGCAGCGCGUCGGUGGCCACCCGGAGCCCCAUCGAGCCCUCAGCCCUGGAGCCGGCCUACUACCAAGGUGUGUAUUCCAGACCCGUUCUAAACACUUCAUAGCUCCCCGCUGCAGGGGGUGUCGGGCAUGGCCGUGGUAGCAGAAGAGAAAAAAAAAAAAAUUCAACAAAACCGCACACACCAAGCCAACAAAUAUUUCAAUCCCAAUCCCAACUAUUUUUAUUUCUUUUCCUUUUCUUCCUUUUUCCUGCCUUUUCUUUUGUUUUCAUGUUCUUUCUUUUUUUUUUUUUUUUUGGUGCACAUCUUUUCCUCCUGUGCAAAGGACUGUUACUUCGUUAUUGUAUUCAAAAUGCCUUGUGUAUAUUAUUACCAAGAAAAACAACCCCCAACCAAAAUUGCCCCUGCAAAGUUUAAUGAUCCACCGUGUAUAUAAAACCCUACUUCCUUGUCCCUCCCUUUUUCUUCCCUCUUUCCCCUCCAGACACAUUAUAUUCCGAGCAGGGUUUAUUUAAAAAAGAAAGGAAGAUGGUCAAGCUUGUAAAGUAUUUGUCUGUGCUUUUCCCCCUUUUUCUCACCUGAUCCCUCACAAGUUUACAGGUCUUGUGUAUGGCAAUACUCUUAACCUUACUGAAUCGAAAGGUGAAGAAACAAGUAGACACGAGGGACUGCUAAUAGUAUUGAAGGGCAAUACUGCUGUUAUGCAGCAAACCAUAAACAGAUUAUAGAUAUAAACAUCAGAGCCAUUUAAUUUUCAGCCUAUGUUUCAGAUACUUUCAUAGAGUGGAGGUCAGACUGAUAUAUAUAUAUAUAUACAUAUAUAUGCAUAUGUAUGUAUAUACAUCAUGCCCAUCAUCUUUAUACAGCUGCUCAGAUAUGUAGGCAUCCUUCAUGUAUGCAUAAAAGAGAGGUAAUAGGUAAGUAGUAAAAAUGCCACAUUUCUAAGGUUGCCUGGCCAAGAAGUUACAAAGACACCCCCCUCCUUUGUCUUCUACUCAGUAUAGUUCUGGGAAGCAAUUCUUCCAGAAUCACUCUCUUCAUUAACUCUGCGCCUUGGUUUGCAGAGUGCCAUGGUCAUGUCAUUCUAAGGUCACAUAACAUGUAUAAAAUUAACUUCUAUGUACCUAUACCAUUUAAAGAAUAUUUUUUCCAGAAAAAAAGGAAUAUUACAAUGUUAGAGGAAAGGUAAAUUGCAGGGAGGUGUAUUUGAAAUUUUGGACCAAGAUUUCAAUAUCCAAUUGAUUGUGGCCAUUUUAAUUAUUGCCAUCCUGUGCUUGUUUCAUUCAGUGUUAAAUGCACUUUUCACAGUUAGAAAUGGUGUUAGUAUAGACAGACAGUUUCAUUAUUAUUCCUCUUUGCUUUCUCAAUGUUAAUUUAUUGCAUGGUUUUUUCCUUUACAGCUGAAAUUGCUUUAAAUGAUGGUUAAAUUACAAAUUAAAAUGUUAAUUUUAUCAAUGUGAUUGUAAUUAAAAUAUUUUGAUUUAAAUAACACAAUGAUAAAAAAUUUUAAGCUGUGGAAUAUGUUCUUGAUCACUUGCAGUUAAGGACUUUAAAUAAAUCAAAUGUUAACAAAAA